AUGGCGACUUUCGGCGAUAUAGGGGUAGCAGCAGGGAUAAACAUCCUAUUUGCAGUGGCAUUUUUAGUUGCAUUUGCUAUUUUACGGCUCCAGCCGAUUAACGACAGGGUGUAUUUCCCAAAAUGGUACCUUAAGGGCUUGAGGAGCAGCCCGAUACGUUCGGGCUCGUUCGUGGGAAAAUUCGUAAAUUUGGAUUGGAGAUCGUAUGUUAAGUUCUUGAAUUGGGUGCCCGAUGCUUUGAGAAUGCCCGAGCCGGAGCUUAUUGAUCACGCGGGGCUCGAUUCAGCCGUGUACUUGCGGAUUUACUUGUUGGGACUGAAGAUUUUUGUUCCUAUAUCAUUACUUGCUUGGUCUAUUCUCGUGCCGGUUAAUUGGACAAACAACACCUUAGCAAAAUCCCUUGCAACCGAUAAGGUACAAUAUAGUGACAUCGACAAGCUAUCCAUCUCAAACGUACCGUUCGGAUCACUAAGGUUUUGGACUCAUAUUGUAAUGGCCUAUGCCUUCACUUUCUGGACUUGCUUCACUUUGAGAAAAGAGUAUGCAAAUGUGGCAUCUAUGCGCCUGCAUUUUCUUGCUUCAGAAAAACGGCGUCCCGACCAAUUCACGGUCCUUGUGAGAAAUGUGCCGCCCGAUCCGGAUGAGACAGUGAGCGAAUGUGUCGAGCACUUUUUCUUGGUCAAUCACCCGGAUCACUAUCUUACACAUCAGGUAGUAAUCAAUGCCAAUAAACUUGCGGAGCUCGUAAAGGAGAAGAAAAGCAAGCAAAACUGGCUCGACUAUUACCAGUUAAAAUAUUCACGAAACCAAUUGCGCAGGCCCAUGACAAAGACCGGUUUUCUCGGCCUCUGGGGAGAACAAGUGGAUGCUAUCGAUUACCAGUCGGCCGAAAUCGAGAGAUUAUCUAAAGAAAUAGCUGAGGAGAGGGAAAGAGUGAAAAACGACCCGAAGUGCAUAAUGCCGGCAGCUUUUGUCUCGUUCAAGACAAGGUGGGGUGCAGCCGUUUGUGCCCAAACACAACAAACAAGAAACCCGACUAACUGGCUAACCGAGUGGGCCUCCGAGCCACGUGACGUGUUAUGGGACAACUUGGCAAUCCCCUACGUUUCGCUCUCAGUUAGGAGGCUCGUUGUUUCGGUUGCUUUCUUUUUCCUCACAUUCUUCUUCAUGAUCCCGGUUACAAUUGUUCAAUCUCUCGCGAAUAUUGAGGGUAUCGAGAAAAGGGCGCCUUUUUUGAAGCCUAUUAUUGAAAUACCUUUUAUCAAGUCGGUGAUCCAAGGUUUCUUGCCGGGGAUUGCUUUGAAGAUAUUCCUCAUUGUGCUCCCAACCAUACUUAUGAUGAUGGCUAAAUUUGAAGGCUUUUUGUCGAUAUCGUCCCUCGAGAGGAGGGCCGCCCUGCGAUAUUACAUCUUCAACUUUGUCAACGUUUUCCUCGUUAGUGUAAUUGCAGGAACUGCAUUUCAACAACUCGACAGCUUUCUCCAUCAGUCUGCAAAUGAAAUUCCGAGAACGAUUGGUGUGGCAAUACCCAUGAAAGCAACUUUUUUCAUCACGUACGUGAUGGUGGACGGUUGGGCCGGUGUUGCCGGCGAGAUUUUGAGGCUAAAGCCUUUGAUAUUUUUCCAUUUAAAAAAUUUCUUUCUGGUGAAGACCGAAAAGGAUAGAGACGAGGCUAUGGACCCAGGGAGCAUCGGCUUCAACACGGGUGAACCACAAAUACAAUUAUACUUUCUUCUGGGACUCGUUUAUGCUGUGGUCACGCCGAUUUUCCUCCCUUUCAUAUUGGUUUUCUUUGCCUUGGCUUAUGUCGUGUUUCGUCAUCAGAUAAUAAACGUGUAUAACCAAGAAUACGAAAGUGCCGCAGCAUUUUGGCCCGAUGUGCAUGGUAGAAUAAUCUCGGCUCUCGUCUUCUCGCAACUCGUCUUAAUGGGACUUAUGAGCACAAAAGGAGCUGCCCAGUCAACCCCAUUUCUAGUUGCUCUUCCUGUGUUGACCAUAUGGUUCCAUUUUUUCUGCAAAGGUCGAUACGAAUCAGCUUUCCUUAAAUAUCCAUUGCAGGAAGCAAUGAUGAAAGACACGUUAGAGCGCGCACGAGAACCGAACCUGAACUUGAAAAGCUAUCUACAGAAUGCAUACGUUCAUCCGGUUUUCAAGAAUGACGAGGAGGAUGAAGAUGAAUGUGAUUAUGACGUUACGAGCGGAAAAAUAGAAGAAGAAAACGUGUUAGUGCCCACGAAAAGACAUUCGAGAAGAAAUACGCCUCUUCCCAGCAAGGCCAGCAGUGGAUCGACAGCGCCACUUUCUGAUUUUAAUGGAAGAAAUUCAGAUUCUUGA